UGACUUUUAAAGCUUUUCUUCUCUGCUCAGUCCCACCCGAUACCACCGAACCAUAGCGACCGGGUCCCAGGUGGAGGGAAGUCCGUAUUUUCGCUCUGGGUCCAGACGGUAAAGUGGCGGAACCGGGUUUUACCGCAGAGGAAGAAGAAAAACAAGCCGUUGGUGCCUGCAGCAGAAAAAGCAGGAACACGUUUAAUCAGCGGUACUCAAACCGGGUCGAACCCACGGGAGCGUUUACUUUCAGCUUACGUCUGAGAUUCCUCUGCCACCUUGGAGAACAGGCGCCAUGAGCAGAGAGCUGAACCCGCCGAUGGGGUCUCCCGUCCCCGGGGUCUCUGAGCGGCCCCCCGACAACGGCGGCAUGGACUACAGGGACUGGGUCCGCCGCAGCUACCUGGAGCUGGUCAGCUCCAACCACCAUUCGGCCCAGGCGCUGUCCUGGAGGAAGCUCUACCUGAGCCGGGCCAAGCUCAAGGCCUCCAGCCGGACGUCGGCGCUGCUGUCCGGCUUCGCUAUGGUGGCCAUGGUGGAGGUGGAGCUGGACAAGUACUCGUACUCCCGGGAGCUGCUGAUCGCCUUCAGCGUGUGCACCACGGUGCUGGUGGCGGUGCACCUCUUCGCCCUGCUCAUCAGCACCUGCAUCCUGCCCAACGUGGAGGCCGUCAGCAACAUCCACAACCUCAACUCGGUCAGCGAGUCGCCGCACGAGCGCAUGCACCACUACAUCGAGCUGGCCUGGGGCUUCUCCACGGCCCUGGGCAUCGUGCUCUUCCUGGCCGAGGUGGUGCUCCUCUGCUGGGUCAAGUUCCUGCCCGUGGACGCGGGCGGCGCCAAGGGGACGGGCGUCUGCACCGCCGCCACCACCACCGCCGCUGCGUCGCCCGGCAACCAGACGCGGCCCACGAACGCGCCGGCCUCCAACAGCGGCUGGCAGGCGGCCAUGGCCUCCACCAUCAUCAUGGUCCCGGUCAUCUUCAUCUUCCUGGUCUUCACCGUGAAGUUCUACCGGUCGCUGGUGCGCCACAAGACGGAGCGCCACCACCAGGAGAUCGAGGAGCUGCACAAGAUAAAGGUGCAGCUGGACGGCCACGAGAGAAGCCUGCAGAGCGUGUGAGGGCGGCUGCAGCGGCUCCUCUACACGCCUCAGACUGCUAAUUUAUUCUGAAGGGAACGUUUUAGGAAUCAUGGCCUGUUCAGGUCAAAGCUAAGCUAAAAAAAAAAAAAGGGCUACUCCGUACAGCGUACCAAAUGUGCUCCGCCUCGGUUUUAUCCCGGGGUUUUUUUUUUUUUCAUUCUGAGAGGAAACGGUUUCAGAGCUUUUCUUCUUGCUUCCACGCUCAGCCAAAGAUGUUGACCGUCUGGUUUAGUCCGGACCGGGCGGCGCCGUCGCCCAGAACACGGAUCCGAACGUUAACCACCACCUGCACCGCAUGGAGCAGCUGUUACACUCGGUGGCACCAAAGCAACGUCUCUCAGUCUCCUCCAGAACCCGGAGGGUGUCGUCCGUCCCGGGUAGAAGACCAGAGUCAGACUCUGUGUCCAUAAGCCAUACGGCCAGAGUCCAGCGUCCUCUCAGUGAUUCUCUCCUCAGAGUCCACAGCUGAACGAGGUGGACUGCUUUAACCCAGCGGUUCUGGUUCUGCUCACCUUGUUGGGUCGGUUACAGGCGCAUCUCAGUGAGUUGGAAAAAUGUGUUUAAUAGUGAAAUAAAUUCAGAAAACCCCAUGAUUGAGUUCAGUUUCUCAGAAUUACAGCAUCACUGCUUCAGUACCGGCUCUGGGCUCCUGCGUGAUUUACUGCAUCAGCGUGGUUCUGGUGAGAGGUUCUGGAAGCCCAGGCUGCUGCGACGUCUGUUCUGGUGUCUCUCCUCUGAACAGGUUCCCUGUCCGUUCUCUGCUUGGUCCGGGUUAAUCCUGUCAGAUUAGGAGCAUUUAACUAAAGGAACGCCGUAGUUGCAGCUCAGGUCCUCGUCCAGUGGGUCUCCCCCUUUUUCCUUCCACUUAACUUUCCUUAAAGGGCCGGCUACUUUAGCAGCGAUCGUGCUGAACAAACAGAACCGUAACACUUCUUUUUUUUUUUUCUGUUCUGAUGCAAUAUUUUAAUUCUCAGAAACUAAAUUGUGGGUUUUCAUCCAGCUGCAGGCAGUAAAUGUCUGAGUUUCAGUCUUAGGUUUGAAACACUGAUGCUCAUAUUUUAACUUGUUGAGAUGCGCCUUUAUUUCUCGUCUCUGUCGCCGCGUUUGGAGCGGCUGAGUCUAAAUUAAAAAAAAAUGAUGCAUUUAUUUGAAGUUGGGCUGCAACCGACUGACAUCACUGUGUUUUUAUAGUUUCACAGACAAAGUUACUGAUUUUAAUCCACUUUUGCUGCCUGUUGCUACAGAAAUGAAGGUUCCUGCACAUCAUGCUGUUUAAAACGCCUUACAGAGGAAUUGCCUCCGGUUCGUUGGAUGUAUUGUCUGUGUUUUUAUUUUAUUAUUUUUUUUAUGUACCAAUCUGUCGUCACAUUCCCAAUGACACGACUGACCAAAGUGUCGCUCGCUUCGUGUUUUGUUUUUUGUUUUU